GGUGCCACUUUUGCAUCAGCUGUUGUGUUUAAGACAUAACGCUUGAAUGUGUUAGUGUGGGAUAGUGGGGGCGUCGGAGAGGAAAUUUUCGGUACAUACGUGUACGAGUUUAAUGAGAUGACAGAAAACUUCGUUCACCACAAUAUUCACUGAUUGUGUGUCACCAUCUGUCAUAUGAUGAACUUCGAUGAACCACCACUGUUCAGUUCCUAAUAAAGUUCCAUCACAAUUUAAUACUUACACCCUGUUAUCAGGGUAAAACUUUUCAUUGAACGAUUUGUAAAGUAAAUCGUUAGUUGAGUAUACAGCACGAGACAAUCGUUUCUAUCAAUUCCCUGUCAGGUGUGUGAUUAGAGCUUGCCGUUAGCGAGAAAGUGCAAACAGCUGUUAUGUAUUCAUAGUUUGUUUUGAUGACAGCCUUGAGAGUAUUUAGCGAUAAGAGAGCUAAUUUCGACCAGUAGCGUAACCCAACGCAUAUAUUCCGUGUAUCUCUGUAGGAAUAUUCGCACUGUUGCUGAAGUUUUAUUAUUCAGAUGCAGUCUGUGUGCAUCGUGGGAGCUGGGGCCGCUGGUCUGUGUGCAGCAAGACUUUUGAGUGCCGCUCAUGGCUUCAACAUAGUGGUUUUUGAGCAGUCUACAACAGUUGGUGGCACUUGGCGAUACACCGAUGACCCAGCUGUGGAUCCACAUUCCAGUAUGUACUGCAACCUAAGAACUAAUUUGCCAAAGGAAAUAAUGGGAUUUCCAGACUACCCAUUCCCUGACUCAGGUGAAUCUUUCGUGCAUCACACUAAGGUUUUAAAAUAUUUGGAACAUUAUGCCAUCCACUAUGAGCUUCUCAAAUAUAUAAAAUUCAGGACCAGAGUAAAACAUGUGACACCGAAACAUCCUCAGGAUAACAGGACAGCUUGGAUAGUAACAGUGGAGGACUUAAGAACAUGUACCGAAGAAACGUCCAUAUUUGAUGCAGUAUUUAUAUGCAAUGGGCACUAUUCUGAGCCAUACAUCCCUUAUAUUCCUGGACUAGAAAAAUUCAGUGGUGAAGUCUUCCACAGCCAUGUGUAUCGUAAACCAGAUGGUAUAAGUGGACCUGUUUUAGUGUUAGGAGCAUCAUCAUCUGGAAUUGAUAUCAGUCUUGAAUUAGCUGCUGCCAUGGAACAGAAAAUAUAUCUUAGUUCAAGAAAAGAAGAAAGAUACACUUGUGAAUUGCCACCAAAUGUUAUCCAAGUUCCUGGAGUGUCGUAUGCAACUGAAGAUGGUUUUGUUAUGACAGAUGCUUCUGUUUGUAAAGUGAAAACACUUAUUCUGUGUACAGGUUACUGUUACUCUUACCCCUUUCUGUCUGAAGACUGUAAAAUGGAUCAACCGGAUCACUGCAGAGUAAAUCCUUUGUACAAACACUUGAUUCAUAUGGAUUUCCAUACACUCUACUUUCUUGGAAUCCCGCUUAUAAUUGUGCCUUUCCCAAUUUUUUAUUAUCAGGUGAAAUUUUGUAUGAAAGUGCUUGAUGGCACAUUAAGAUUGCCAACUCGUGCUGAGAUGGAACGUGAAACUUCUGAAGAUUUACAACUACGGUUAUCAUUGGGAAUGCCAGAACGUUAUCAGCACAAAAUGGGUAACCUGCAAUGGAAUUAUAUUGAUAAUUUAUCUCAGUUGGCAAAUGUUCCUCCUUUGCCUCAGUUCUAUAAACAAAUUUAUGAGAAGGUUAGUGAGCAUAGAAAAACAAACAUUUUAGGUUACAGGGAGGCCAAUUACUCAACAGAAACUUGUGAUAGAAUAUGAUAGUAAUCUUGAAAAUGAUUUACUUAACAAAAGUUAACACUUUAUGUUAAAUAUACUGUUUAAAUACCAACUUCCUUUUAUGAAUGAAAUUAUGUAUAUAUUUUGCUUCAUUAAAAUUUCACAAUUUUAUGUUUU